AAAGUGCAAAAACCAUAGGCAAACUUUUGGUAUAAAGGUAUGACCAACAGACUGUUCAGUCGGAGAUAGAUAUAACAUUUUCAUCGUUAAAUAUUUAUUAACUUUCAUCAUGAAUAAAAUUGUGAUUUGCACAGUAUUGCUUUCUGCCUUUGUCGGCUAUGCAUCGGCAGUAAAUUGUACAACUUUAUCUGACGGAAACUACGAACUUGGCUGCAAGUCUUUCGCAAAAUGUGUUGGGGGCGUGUCAUCCAUUGUGGACUGUCCAGAACACAAUGUAUAUAACAACAACACAGGAAUGUGUGAUGAUCCAAAGAAUGUGGCGCCACCAUGCGGUAAUCUUAUCGACUGUUCCAGUACCGCCGACGGACAGUACGCUGACAAGGAUCAGAACUGUGCUACAUGGUAUACUUGCAACGACAAGAAAUUCUUAGGACACAAUUUCUGUCCUUCCGGUACCGUAUUUGACGAAUCUUUACACACGUGCAACUGGAUAGAUGCUGUACCCCCACCGUGCGGAACCAAAUCCGGAAAAUAGAAACAACAUAUGAACUUUAAAGAGAUUAACCCUUCAUCUCCGUGAUUUCUUUAUAAUGUAUGAAAUGAUAAUAAUAACUGAUAAUUUGUGAAAUAUAUUUAAAAAUAAAACGUAACUUAUUCUAGUAUAGUUAUUUCAAAAUAUGAUAGUCGUUAACAAAAUAUUAUUUAAUAAUAAAUCAGACAUUAUAUAUUA